AUGCCGAAGAACAGCAAGGUGACGCAGCGGGAGCACAGCAGCGAGCAUGUCACUGAGUCGGUGGCCGACUUGCUGGCCCACGAAGAGCCCGUGGACUACAAACGCAGCAUCCUCAACGUGACCGGGGAGACCUGGGACAAGCAGAAGGAUGGAGAGGAGGAGCUGGAUGCGGAGAACCGGCCAGCGUGGAACAGCAAGCUGCAGUACAUCCUGGCACAGAUCGGCUACUCCGUGGGGCUGGGCAACGUCUGGCGCUUCCCCUACCUCUGCCAGAAGAAUGGAGGAGGUGCCUACCUGGUCCCAUACCUGGUCCUGCUCAUCAUCAUCGGGCUCCCCCUCUUCUUCCUGGAGCUGGCGGUGGGGCAGCGGAUCCGCCGGGGCAGCAUCGGCGUCUGGAAUUACAUCUGUCCUCGCCUGGGGGGCAUCGGCUACGCCAGCUGCCUUGUCUGUUUUUUCGUCGGUCUCUAUUACAAUGUCAUCAUUGGCUGGAGCAUCUUUUACUUCUUCAAGUCCUUCCAGUACCCUCUUCCCUGGAGCGAGUGUCCCAUCGUGAAAAACGGCUCGGUGGCCGUUGUGGAGACCGAAUGUGAGAGGAGCUCAGCCACCACCUACUUCUGGUACCGGGAGGCCCUGGACAUCUCCAACUCCAUCUCGGAGAGCGGAGGGCUCAACUGGAAGAUGACUCUGUGUCUGCUGGUGGCCUGGAGCCUUGUUGGCUUGGCCAUGAUCAAAGGCAUCCAGUCCUCGGGGAAGGUGAUGUACUUCAGCUCCCUCUUCCCCUACGUGGUGCUGGUUUGCUUCUUGGUGCGGGGACUUCUGCUGCGCGGGGCGGUCGAUGGGAUCAUGCACAUGUUCACACCCAAGCUGGACAAGAUGCUGGACCCCCAGGUGUGGCGGGAGGCAGCUACACAGGUUUUCUUCGCCUUAGGCCUGGGCUUUGGGGGGGUCAUCGCCUUCUCUAGCUACAACAAACAGGACAACAACUGCCACUUCGAUGCCACACUUGUUUCCUUCAUCAACUUCUUCACGUCUGUCCUGGCCACCCUGGUUGUGUUUGCUGUGCUGGGCUUCAAGGCCAACAUCAUGAACGAGAAAUGUGUGGUGGAGAACGCUGAGAAGAUCUUGGGCUACCUGAACACCAACGUGCUGAGCCACGACCUCAUCCCACCCCACGUGAACUUCUCCCACCUCACCGCCAAGGACUACAAUGAGAUGUACAGGGUGAUCAUGACGGUGAAAGAGGGGCACUUCAAAGAGCUGGGCUUGGAUGCCUGCCUGUUGGAGGAUGAACUCAACAAGUCGGUACAAGGAACUGGCCUGGCCUUCAUUGCCUUCACAGAAGCCAUGACCCACUUCCCAGCCUCACCGUUUUGGUCCGUCAUGUUCUUCCUGAUGCUGAUAAACCUGGGGCUGGGGAGCAUGAUCGGGACCAUGUCAGGCAUCACUACACCCAUCAUCGACACCUUCAAGGUGCGGAAGGAAGUGUUCACAGUUGGUUGCUGCAUCUUCGCCUUCAUGGUGGGACUGAUCUUUGUGCAGCGCUCUGGGAAUUACUUUGUCACCAUGUUUGAUGAUUACUCAGCCACGCUGCCGCUCACAGUCGUGGUCAUCCUGGAGAACAUCGCUGUGGCCUGGAUUUACGGCACCAAGAAGUUCAUGCAGGAGCUGACGGAAAUGCUGGGUUUCCGGCCCUAUCAGUUCUACUACUACACCUGGAAGUACGUCUCUCCCAUCUGCAUGGCCGUGCUCAUGACUGCCAGCAUCAUCCAGCUGGGAGUCAGUCCCCCGGGCUACAGUGCAUGGAUCAGAGAGGAGGCUGCAGAAAAGUUCCUUUUCUACCCGACCUGGGCCAUGGCUAUUCUCAUCUCUCUGAUCAUCCUGGCAUCCCUCCCUCUGCCUCUGGUCUUCAUCCUCCGGCAGUUCCACCUCGUCUCAGACGGCUCCAAUGCCCUCUCCGUCACCUACAAGAAGGGACGGAUGAUGAAGGACAUCUCCAAUUUGGAAGACAACGACGAGACCCGCUUCAUCCUGAGCAAAGUGCCCAGCGAGACCCCGUCCCCCAUGCCCACGCACCGUUCCUACCUGGGUCCCGGGAGCAACUCCCCCAUGGAAAUGAGCAGUGCCCCCAACGGACGAUACGGCAGUGGGUACCUACUGGCCAGCACCCCUGAAUCCGAACUGUGA